AACUGGGCAGAGGGAUCCUUCUCUCAUCAUCACUGUUUGGGUUUGGUUUUUGUCUGUGGUCUUUCCAAGUGGAGACUGCUCCCUAAAGUCAGUUGCUGUGGUUCCCUCCUUGGAUGUAUGGCUGAUGAGCUGCUGCUGCUGCUGCUUCAGAAAGCCAAACAGACCUUCCAGUUUGAGACAGGACUUGAGCCAACCAACCCAGCAACCAAGACCAGCAUGGAAACACCAGAAACUCAAACCAGCCAAGGGCUCCUUUCACUUCAAAACCUGCUUUGAGGCGAACACUGAACAUCUUCACCAGCUUCUGCCUCUGGACCUUUUCAAGAGAGAGAGCAGUAGAAGGAUCUUGAGUGCUUGUCGGUGGCAAAGCAGGAAUGUGCUGACUCUCUGCUGCUCUGUUCUCCCACGGCAGCUCUGCUUUGCUGAUGGUCAUGGGCAAUCACACCCCCAACACUGAAUUUGUCUUCCUGGGCUUCUCAGAGCAGAAGGAUGUCCAAGCUGCCCUCUUUGUGGUCUUCUUGCUGACCUACGUGGUCACGUUGGUAGGGAACCUGGGCAUGCUGGUGUUGAUCAGGAGGGACCCCCAGCUCCACACCCCCAUGUACUUCUUCCUGAGCAGCUUGUCCUUCCUGGACCUCUGCUACUCUUCCACCAUCACCCCCAGGGUGCUCUCGGAUCUGCUAGCAGCAAGGAAAGUCAUCUCCUACUCCGAGUGCCUCGCCCAGCUUUACUUCUACGCCGUCUUUAGCACCACCGAGUGCUACCUCCUGGCCGCCAUGGCUUACGACCGCUACGUGGCCAUCUGCAGCCCGCUGCUCUAUGCCAUCUCCAUGCCCAGCAGGGUCUGUGUGCUGCUGGUGGGUGGCUCCUACCUGGCCGGGCUCCUCAAUGCCACCAUCCACGUGGUCUUGGCGCGGCGGCUGUCCUUCUGCGGUCGCAACCUCAUCAACCACUUCUACUGCGAGGGGCCCCCGCUCCUGGCCAUCUCCUGCACAGACCCCACCCUCAACCAGGUGGUAAUGUUUGUCGUGGUGGGCUUCAACCUGCUCAUCACCAACCUGACCAUCCUGGUCUCCUAUGCCUACAUCCUGGCUGCCACCUUGAAGAUGCGCUCGGGCAGGCACAAAGCCUUCUCCACCUGCGCCUCCCACCUGGCCGUCGUCACCCUCUUCUAUGGCUCUGCUGCCUUCAUGUACUUGGGAGCCAGCUCCAGGCACUCCCAGGACCUUGACAAAAUGGUCUCAGUCUUCUACACCGUGGUGACCCCCACGCUGAACCCUGUCAUCUACAGCCUGAGGAACAAGGAGGUGAAGAAGGCACUGGGGAGAGCGGUGGAGAGGAAGUGUUCUGCUGGGAAAUGGCUUUCGGUGGUGUGUUAGGGGACCUGAGAAGCUCUUCUCAGAGGCUUUUGUGCUUUCCACUUGGGUAGUGCUCUGGUAUUAAAGAGGUCGUGGCCUCCUCUGAGCUGC